AACCAUUCAUCUGUCGAAAAGCGACCGGUCGGACAAGUAAAAGUAGAUCAAGUCAUUGGUUCGGGACAAAGGUAUAAGUAUAAGACUGAGACUCGUUUGACAGUCACAAUCAGUCAGCAUUGCCAAUCCACACUAUUCACAUCAUGAAGAGCUUUAUUGUGUUCUCCUGCCUUUUGGCCGUCAGUCUGGCUCGUCCCCAGGGCGAAAACGCCCCUCUCAGUGCGGAUGAAGUGAUCCAGGAACAACUGGACGGAGCAAAAAGGCUGGAGGAGACCGCUGCUCAACUCAGAGAGCUGCCUCAAGCUGAUGUGGACGCUUUGAUCUUGGGUGUGGGACCAGCUUUGGGAUUUGACACCGACACACGGUUUAACGUGGCCAACUCAAUUGCGGUUUUGGAGAAAACGGCCGAAUUCUUGAAAACGUCGGCUGGUCCAUUGGUCAAUCUGGUGAAGUCUUUGGAGGCCAUCCAAAAGUGAACAUGUGCUUGAUUUUUAUUCUCAAAAAUAGAUGCCUGAUCUCUAUGUGAUACGUGAACAACAUGAACUGAACUAAAAAAAAAAUAUAAAAAUAUACUUAAAUCUUGAAA